CUGAGACGGCCAUGGAAGGGAUUGACUCGCGCUCGGAAACGUUUUCUUUCUGAGGACUACAACUCCCAGAAGACCCUAGCCAGCGGGGACAUGGUGGUGGUGGCCGGGGGCCUUCUGGGAUUUGUAGUUCACCAAAGCAACACCUCUCUGCUCUGGGGUUCUUGACUCCCCUCACCACCUCGUCGUCCCCUUCCUCCUCGGAGGCAAUAAAAACCCUCUGCUGGCAGAGACGAGGAGAUCACGAGUCUCGGCUCCGCCUUUUCAAAGAGGAGGACUACAGCUCCCACAAGCCUCUGCGGGGCCCCCUUCCGGGAGCGUUUGCCGGAAGCGGCCGAGAGCAGCCGGGCCUUGAGCGAAGCGGCGACCAUGGAGGAGAUCGGGAUCCUGGUGGAGAAGACUCAGGAUGAGAUCCCUGCUCUUUCCAUCUCCAGGCCUCAGACUGGCCUCUCUUUCCUAGUCCCCGAGGCUGAGGAUGUGGAGGAUCUGUACAGCCGUUACAAGAAACUUCAGCAAGAGUUGGAAUUCUUGGAGGUCCAAGAGGAAUACAUCAAGGAUGAACAGAAGAAUUUAAAGAAGGAGUUUCUGCAUGCCCAGGAGGAGGUGAAACGAAUCCAGAGCAUCCCCCUUGUCAUUGGCCAGUUUUUGGAGGCUGUAGAUCAGAACACAGCCAUUGUUGGCUCCACCACAGGUUCCAACUAUUAUGUCCGGAUAUUGAGCACCAUUGACCGGGAACUGCUGAAGCCCAAUGCCUCCGUGGCUCUGCACAAGCACAGCAAUGCCUUGGUGGAUGUAUUGCCUCCUGAGGCUGACAGCAGCAUCAUGAUGCUCACAUCGGAUCAGAAACCGGAUGUGAUGUACGCUGACAUUGGUGGUAUGGAUAUUCAGAAGCAGGAGGUGAGGGAGGCCGUAGAGCUGCCCCUGACACACUUUGAACUCUACAAACAGAUUGGCAUCGAUCCUCCACGAGGAGUGCUGAUGUAUGGCCCCCCUGGCUGUGGAAAGACCAUGCUGGCCAAGGCAGUGGCCCAUCACACCACUGCUGCCUUCAUCCGAGUGGUGGGGUCUGAAUUUGUGCAGAAGUACUUGGGAGAAGGCCCACGCAUGGUGCGAGACGUCUUCCGCCUGGCCAAGGAGAACGCCCCAGCCAUCAUCUUCAUUGACGAGAUUGAUGCCAUUGCCACCAAGCGCUUUGAUGCCCAGACUGGGGCGGACAGAGAGGUCCAGCGCAUCCUCCUGGAGCUCCUCAACCAGAUGGAUGGCUUUGACCAGAACGUUAACGUCAAGGUGAUAAUGGCCACGAACAGAGCAGACACCCUUGACCCGGCUCUUCUGCGACCAGGCCGUCUGGACCGUAAAAUUGAGUUUCCUUUGCCAGACCGACGCCAGAAACGGUUAAUCUUCUCCACCAUCACCAGCAAGAUGAACCUUUCGGAGGAAGUGGAUUUGGAGGAUUAUGUGGCACGGCCAGAUAAGAUCUCAGGUGCUGACAUCAACUCGAUUUGUCAGGAGGCUGGAAUGCUAGCUGUGCGGGAGAACCGCUACAUUGUCCUGGCCAAGGACUUUGAGAAGGCCUACAAGACUGUCAUCAAGAAAGACGAGCAGGAACACGAGUUCUACAAAUAAAGAUGGGAAGCGCGGGAGGGAGGCUGGGCUGGUGGUCUCAGUUCUUGACGGGGUGGGAGGGGGGCGUGCGUUAUUUUUGUAUGUACGUGUGUGUGUGUGUCUGGAGUCUGAGCAAAACGGAUCCUGUGAAUAAAUAACUACCCACCA